AUGCGUUUUACAUUGGUCUUACUUUUGGGCCUCUUGGCCUGCAUACUCCUCCAAGUGCCGGAGAGUUUGACUGCCACAGAUAGCAGUUCAUCUACAUCAUCCUCUUCUACGACGACCACCACUACGGAUUCCGGGGACUCGUCUACUACAACUGACGCCUCGGCUUCGGCUUCGUCGGACACAACAACAACAACAACCGAUGCAUCCGACACGACAACAACAACAACGUCAUCGUCAUCCUCGUCCUCGGCAGCCAAACGCAAGGCUGCAGCUCGUCGUCGUCGUUUGGCACGUAAACGCCGCCAGCGUCAAAAGAGGCGUCGUGCCGCCAGAAAGCAGAGGGCAAAGGAACGUCGCCGCCAACAGAGACGUAAUCGUAAUCGUAAUCGUGGCUAAGUAAU